AUGUCAAGCGACGAGGAGGAAAUGCGCGCGAUCCGUGAGGCGCGCGGCUUCAAGACGCCAGCCGAGAGGCGCAGGGCGGAUUGCGGUCCCCGAGGCUCGCUUAGAAGACGGUCAGGCGAAGACGAAGGUGGGGCGGAGAGUGGAGGCGAAGACACUCCCGGCAGCGGUGGGGUUGCCUCGCGCCGACGCUCGCCCGCGAGCGACUCCGAGGAGGACGACAGCUUCGGGCCGAAGCCUCGUCUUCCGCCUUCUUCCGCCUCCGCUGCGAGGGCCUUGCAGCGAGCGCGGGGCGACGCCCAGGAUGACUCGGACGCCGGCGACGAUUCUUUUGGCCCGAGGCCUCUUGCAUCGAACUCGACCUCUCCUCGGGGCACGAAGCAGCAAGGCGCCGGCACCCAGAGCCCGCGGGGCGACGAAGAGGAGUCAGACGACGAUUGCUUUGGGCCGAAGCCUGCUGCCGCAUCCGCGCGGAAGGCGCACGCGGCUACAGAGGACGCGGCAGCCGAGGACACGGGUGAAAACUCGCCCUCUGAGUCUGAAGCCUCUGAGUCCGAGGAGCCCUCUCCCGGCGCACCCGCGGCGCUUCCGGCCUUCUCUCUCGACGACGAAGACUUUCUGCUCGGCUUCGCGCCUGAGCCGUCCCCAGCGUCCUCUCCGGCGCAGGACGCUGCGACGGACGGCGGCGGCGCUUUCCACGUGCGGCGCGCGCCUGCGCACGGCGGCCGGCGCAGCGGGAAGGCGGCGGAGGAGGAAGAGGGCGACGAAGGGGCGGAGGAAGACGAAGAGGAGGGCGCAGAUGCCGUGGAUCCCGAGGACGAGGAGGCGGCAGCGAUGCGGAGUGCUGUCGGGCUGCCCGCCGCCUUCGGAUUGGCAGGCGCUGCGAAGCCCGCACGCGAGAAGGGCAUUUGGCGGGAACGCGCCUCAGCGGGGAAGCGCGCGGCCGGUGCGGGUGGCGCCGACGCCUGCGAGCCGCGAGUCAAGCGAGAGCCAAACGAGUCUGACGAAGACACUCAGGCACAGCCUCAUGCAGCGCGCCGCCGGGCGCAGGGGCGGCGACGCGAAGAGGAGUAUCGACGCGCCUCCAGCAGCGGUCGCGACACGAGUGAAGGCGAAGAGAAGUGGCGAGCGCUCGGCUUGCCGGUCGCCCUGGAGGUCUCUGUCCCCGCGCACUCGCCGUCGGUCGCAACUGCGCUGGGUCUCAACCCGAAGGCCAAUCGAAUGGUGACGGGAGGGAGCGACGGAGUGGUUCGUUUUUGGGAUUUCCAGGGCAUGACGAACCGCAUGCGGAGCUACCGGCAGGUGACACCUGUGGAGAAGCACGCUGUAGAGACGCUGGCGUUCAGCGCGCGGAACGACUUGGUCCUGGUGGCGAGCGGCGACGCGCAGUGCCGCAUCUACAGCGCCCAGGACCCGUCUCAGCCGAUGGUCACGACGACAAAGGGCGACAUGUACGUACGCGACGUGGCACAGACCAAAGGCCACACUCACAAAGUGCUUGACUGCCACUUCCACCCCGUCGAGAAGCACCUUUUUGUCUCCUGUGGCCUCGACGCCAGCGUGCGCCUCUGGGACGUGAACGCGCCGCUCUACGGCAUGCUGCAGACGCUGCCUCACAUCGCCUGCAUGAAGGCCGUCGACCGCCGCGGCCUGAACAGCAGCGCGACCCACUGCGCAAGCUGCAUGUAUACGCCGACCAAGGGUAACGCCGUCGUCGUUGGCUGCGCGGACGGCUCGCUGCAAAUGUGGGGAAACCUCGGCAGCAGAAAGUCCUUUGGUCGCCCCGACGCGGUCGUCCGCGACUACCUGGCCCCCGGGGCCGCCGGCCCGCGGGCCAGGGCUGGCCCCGGGCCCCGGGGGCUGGGGGGCGCGGCGACGGGGCUGCAGACGUGGGGCAAUGGCGACAGCGGGCUCCAGGAGGCGGUGCUGUCUUUGCGCGGCUUUCAGGACGACUUCCGGUUCGUGUCGCGCAGCGGCGACGGCCGGCUCGCGCUGUGGGACUUGCGAAAGUUCAAGGCGCCCGUAUGCGUGGUGGAGGGGCUGUCGACCUCUUCACACCGCGCAGGGGUCUGUCUGUCUCCGGACGAGACGUACAUUUGCACGACGACGCAGUUUGGAGGCGUUGUCAAAAAGGAGAAGCCCGCAGGCCUCCCCCCCGGGUCGAGCCGCGCGAGCGGACCUUCCUUGACAGAGGGCGGUGGCUCGCUGGAGGUGUUCCGCGCGUCGGAUCUCUCGCCGGUCGCGUCCUUUCCGCUCGAAGCGGGCGUGCAGCCCCUGCGGGUCGAGUGGCCCAAGGAGACGAACCAGAUUUUGAUGACCUGCUCUGACGGCUCCCUGGCGAUAUUCUUUGAUCGCACGCUGUCGCAGAAGGGCGCACUGUUGUUCGUGGACACGCCUGCGGGGCGGCGCCGCCGCGAGGAAGAAGAGGCGGGCGGCAGCCUCAUGUUUGCGAAGGAGUACAUCUUCGUGCCUGGGCAGCUGCCCGAGGGGUACAAGGAGACCUUCGACGGUCAGAUCAUCAAGGUGCGGCCUCGCGGGAAGGAGCGCAUGCGCCAGUUCCUGGAAACGCAGAAGACCUCGGUCCCGCCACGCCCCGCGAAGGAGGGCUACGGCGGCGCCAACGUCGGCGGCGGGAACCGCAGCCAGCACCUCUUGAAGCAGCUCGGGCUCCUCGACCCCGAGAAGCUCCAGCGGGACGACGAGAAAGACCCAGUGGAGGCCCUCCGCGCCUACGCCGAAAAAACACAACGCGCUGGCGCAGAGAGCCAAUUGAUCAGCCGCGCGUACGCCACGACCCAGCCGAAGCCCGUCCUGAACACAGACAUGGAGGAGGAUGACGACGAAGACGAACUCCUGAAGCAGCGUGAGCGAUGCCCGCGAUGCGCCCUACGCAUGUGUCACUGCGGCUACAUGGAGGAAAUGGAGAAGCUCGGCGUCGCCGUCAACGGCGACGCGGGAGCCGCGGAGCGGAAGAAACAAAGAACUGCGUAG